CUAUAGGACUGGAUGGUACAGAAGGGGAAGAGGAGGAGGAGGAUGUAGAAGGGGAUCAGAAAACAUUGAAGAGGAGAAGUUUGGAAAUCAUCACCUUCACUGAAGAACAGACAGCGGAGCUAGCCAAAGACCCUGGAGAAGAGGCAUCAGUGUCGGAGCGGAUCCUCUCUCAGUCAGCGGCUGAGAGAGAUCGGAUCAGCGAGAUCAAAGACAAAGCUGUGGAGCUGGAAACAGAGCCCAAGUUUGCCAACUGCUGUAAUUACUGCCCCAAAAGCUUCAAGAAGCCCAGCGACCUUGUCAGGCACAUCAGGAUCCACACAGGUGAAAGACCAUACAAAUGUGAUGAAUGUGGGAAGAGUUUCACAGUGAAGUCGACUCUGGACUGCCAUGUGAAAACACACACAGGUCAAAAACUGUUCAGCUGUCACAUGUGCAACACCUCCUUCUCUACAAAAGGCAGCCUAAAGGUGCACAUGCGUCUCCACACCGGCUCCAAGCCCUUCAAAUGCCCCUUCUGUGAUCUCCGCUUCCGAACUUCGGGUCACCGCAAAACCCACAUUCAGUGUCACUUUCGUCCAAAUGGUGACAGUCGAAAAUCCAAGCGCUCUUCCUCGUCUGCCGGUCAGAUCAGGCAGAGUCAGGGCACAGGUACAGGGCAGUCUGUGGCCUCAGGUCAGGGACAGCAGCCGGCUGCUUCUGAGGCUCUUCAGUCUGUGGGCUUGUUACAAACUUCAAACUCUGACCCCAGCAUUUAUCUACCAGCCAAUCAAGUCAUGACGGGGCAAUUUGACCAGAAUUUACUGCAACCAGGACUAGUAGGCCAGGCCAUCCUGCCUGCCUCCAUGUCAGCUGCAGGAGAUCUGACCGUGUCCCUCCCUGAUGGCCUGACGACCCUGGAUGGGAUCCACUUGCAGCUGACACCUGCCAACCUGGUGUGCCCCAAUGUCCAGAUCUCUGGCAUCGAUACAGGCAACAUCAACAACAUCACACUACAGAUUGACCCUGCUAUCCUCCAGCAGACCCUCCAACAGGGAGGUCUCCUCUCACAACCCCUGAGCAUAGACACCAGCUUGGUGUCCCACUCUGGCAGCCAGCUCAUGUCUUCAGCUGACCCCUCUGUGUCUGCCAGCGUUGUCCUUCACCCUCUGACCAGCCUGGCACUGCAGCCGUCCACCAUCACAUCUCCACAGGUCUCAAUAGCAGGGCUGUCAGAGCAGGAUGCUUCAGUCACUCAGGACCUGCACCAUGUCAUGAGCAGCGGUGGGCUUGUGGCCGGAAGUAACAGCCAGGAGAUCACUCUGACCAUCAACAAUUCCAGCCUGACACAAGCCCUGGCCCAGGUCCAGGCCCAGGCUUCAGCUGCCGGUUCCAGCACUGUUGCAGGAAACCCCCAGGAGAUCACCCUCACCAUAUCAGGCCAGGACCUACUUACUCCAAAUGCCAGUUCUACUGGUGCAGACAUGAGCAGUGGGAUCAGGCUAGCAUCACCACUGACCAACCAACACACAGGUGCAACCCUGACCAUCACCAAUGACCAGCUUCUGCCUCAGAGCUCAGCCAACCCUGGAAUGGCAGUUACCAGUCUGCCUCCUAACACCACUUUGACUCAUACGGCUUCAUCUAAGAGCUUAGUCAUGUCCCCAGGAGCUGUGGCCAGUGAUGGCAGUGUGACCCUGACACUCUCAGAUGCUCAGGGCAUGCUGGAUGGUGUCACUCUAAACCUCAGUGCACAGGGUCAGACAUUUCCUGCUGUGCUGAAUGAGUCCAGCAUCCCAGGUCAACCAGUCCCACCAGACCAGCAGGUCAUACUGGUCAGCCACCAGUCCCAGUCCACAAAUGGAUCAUCUGAUAAUGGAUAUAACAAUUCUGGUGAUAAAGGUGAGAAAGACCCUCAAACGGACUGCGAGACCCGGAAUCACUGCUUCUACUGCAACCAGGUGUGCGAGAACGCCAAUUCACUGCGACGCCACUGCAAACAAACUCACGGCAAAGACCGCUGUCACGUCUGCAGCAUCUGUAAUAAGGCCUUCAAACGAGCUACGCAUCUCAAGGAACAUGAACGAGUGCACCAGCCGGGUCCAUCACCCAGCUCCCAGAAACCCAGAGUUUUCAGCUGUUCCUCCUGUUCCAAGGCUUUCGCCAAGCGCAGCCAGCUGGAGAGACACAACCGAACACACACAGGCGAGCGUCCCUUCAAGUGCAGCCAGUGUGACAAGGCCUUCAACCAGAAGAGUGCUCUGCAGGUCCACAUGGUGAAACACACAGGAAAGAAGCCCUUCAAGUGUGAGGUGUGCAGCAUCAGCUUCACCCAGAAGAGCAACAUGAAACACCACAUGAAGAGAUCCCACGGCUACGGUCAAAUCCAAGACGUGCCGUUGGGCCAAGAGGAGGCAGCUUCUCAGGUGGAGGACACACCUGAGCUGGACCUGGAGGUGGUCCCUGAAUCCACCGGAGACUGGCACAAUGUCUUCCCCUGAGCACAGGGCUCCCUGGAGUCAAACCACUCUUCAGGGUGUCCUCAGCUCAUAAAGUUUCAUGGCUAAAUGUUGUUGUUUUUUUGUGCGUCGUGGGGUUUUCAGCCCAGUAGCAGCUCCCUGUUGUUUCCUCUGAAUUACCAGUGAAUUACAGGCUCUGCUUCUCUGGAUUAAGGAUUUUUAUUUCUUCUGCCACAGUCUGAUUGUCAUCUUCUUGAUAGCCUCCAGAGAGAUUUGGCCCCAUAAACCCUAAUAUCCUGGAGAGACCACCACCCAGGAGGCAGCAGGUCCCUCUGUUCUGUCAGAACCAGACUCUUCUUUCUUUAUUACUGAUCUAAAAACUGGGCUGAGAGAGAGAACAGUACAUACAGACAGCAUGUAUUACGAGCUAUAUGUCACUUUUCUGACAUGUGUAUAUUGUACAUAUUUAGUCUGGAAAUGAAAAGGCCUCCAAACAUCCCGGAGAGGAUUCAGGAUGUGAGUUCUGCAGCUGUUGUUACAUGUUGGGACUUUCAGCAGCAGCUUGUUUCGCUGUAGUUCUUUUUGUAAAUAUUGUAGCUAGAAUGCAUAUAUUUUCUGAAGAGUCAUUAGUACACAGAUUGUUUGGAUAUUUGUAAUUUUAGAGUAUUUCAUUUGAAGCAAAGCCAAAAUGAUAGACAGGCUCUUUUGUUGCAGUUGUAUUUUCUAUUGGUGGUAAUAAAUUAAGAUUAAAUUACUUUUUUAAAUGA